GUCAGCUGGAGGAAGCGGAGUAGGAAGCGGCCGCGAUGUCCUUUUGUGUCCUACAAGCCGCCGGCGGCGCCGCCGAGUGAGGGGACGCGGCGCGGCGCGGCGGCGCGGCCCGAGGAGGCGGCGGAGGAGGGGCCGCCCGCGGCCCCCGGCUCACCCCGGCGCUCCGGGCCCCGGCCCCCAUGCCUGCCCGCCCGCCCGCCGGAGCCCCAGGUGACCAGCGCCAUGUCCAGCCAGGUGGUGGGCAUUGAGCCACUCUACAUUAAGGCAGAGCCAGCCAGCCCCGACAGUCCGAAGGGCUCCUCGGAGACUGAGCCCGAGCCUCCCGUGGCCCUGGUCCCUGGCCCAGCUCCCACCCGCUGCCUCCCAGGCCACAAGGAGGAGGAGGAUGGGGAGGGGGCCGGGCCUGGCGAGCAGGGUGGGGGGAAGCUGGUGCUCAGCUCCCUGCCCAAACGCCUCUGCCUGGUCUGUGGGGACGUGGCCUCCGGCUACCAUUAUGGUGUGGCAUCCUGUGAGGCCUGCAAAGCCUUCUUCAAGAGGACCAUCCAGGGGAGCAUCGAGUACAGCUGUCCGGCCUCCAACGAGUGUGAGAUCACCAAGCGGAGACGCAAGGCCUGCCAGGCCUGCCGCUUCACCAAGUGCCUGCGGGUGGGCAUGCUCAAGGAGGGGGUGCGUCUGGACCGUGUCCGGGGUGGGCGGCAGAAGUACAAGCGGCGGCCAGAGGUGGACCCACUGCCCUUCCCGGGCCCUUUCCCUGCUGGACCCCUGGCAGUGGCUGGAGGCCCUAGGAAGACAGCCCCAGUGAAUGCACUGGUGUCCCACCUGCUGGUGGUUGAACCUGAGAAGUUGUAUGCCAUGCCCGACCCAGCGGGCCCUGACGGGCACCUCCCAGCUGUGGCAACCCUCUGUGACCUCUUUGACCGAGAGAUCGUGGUCACCAUCAGCUGGGCCAAGAGCAUCCCAGGCUUCUCGUCAUUGUCGCUGUCAGACCAGAUGUCAGUACUGCAGAGCGUGUGGAUGGAGGUCCUGGUGUUAGGUGUGGCCCAGCGCUCACUGCCACUGCAGGACGAGCUGGCCUUCGCAGAGGACCUAGUCCUGGACGAAGAGGGGGCCAGAGCAGCUGGCCUGGGGGAACUAGGGGCUGCUCUGCUGCAGCUGGUACGGCGACUGCAGGCCCUGCGGCUGGAGCGGGAGGAGUAUGUCCUGCUGAAGGCCCUGGCCCUGGCCAAUUCAGACUCUGUGCAUAUUGAAGAUGCUGAGGCGGUGGAGCAGCUUCGAGAAGCUCUGCAUGAGGCCCUGCUGGAGUAUGAAGCUGGCCGGGCGGGCCCUGGAGGGGGUGCUGAGCGGCGGCGGGCAGGCAGGCUGCUGCUCACACUACCACUCCUUCGCCAGACAGCGGGCAAAGUGCUGGCCCAUUUCUAUGGGGUGAAGCUGGAGGGCAAGGUGCCCAUGCACAAGCUGUUUUUGGAGAUGCUUGAGGCCAUGAUGGACUAAGGCAGGGGGUGGGCAAGGGUAGGGGUGCUGACAGGACCCGCCCAGCAUGGGGUCAGCCCUAAGGGGGCAGAGCUGAGGUCUGGGCAGUGCCACAGCCUGCUGGCAGGACCAGGGCAAUAUCAUCAGUCCCUGGGAGCAGGCCCUAUGCCCUCCCCUCCCCCCUCCUAGGGGGUGUUAGAAGCUGGGAAUGUGUGUGCCCAGAUUGGGCACAGUGCUGCCCCUUGCAAGCCAUAAUGUGCCCCCAGCGUGCAGGGGGCCUUGCGGAAGCCAUAGGGGGCUGCAGGGGACGAGUGUGGGGCAGAAGCCUGAUCUCAGGGAGGGAAGGGAGUGGAGGCCAGAGUCUCCCAGUGGGUGAUGCUUUUGCUGCUGCUUAAUCCGACCCCCUCUCCAGAGCAGAGGGGGAAAUGGAGAGCAAAGGCCCCUGCCCCCUUCGCUCCUCUCCUCAUCAUUUGCAUUGGGCAUUACUGCCCCCCCUUGAAGCAAUAACUCCAAGCAGGCUCCAGCCCCUGGACCCCUGGGGAGGCCAGGGCCCCCCCCAUCAACUCCCACCCAGCCUCCUCAGGGGGUAGGGAGAGCACUGCCUCCAUGCCCUGCAGAGCAAUAACACUAUAUUUAUUUUUGGGUUUGGCCAGGGAGGCGCAGGGACAUGGGGCAAGUCAGGGCCCAGAGCCCUUGGCUGUACAGAGACUCUAUUUUAAUGUAUAUUUGCUGCAAAGAGAAACCGCUUUUGGUUUUGAACCUUUAAUGAGAAAAAAAUAUAAUACCAAGCUCAAGAAAAGAGCGUGUCUGGUAUCACUGGGUCAAGGACUGGAGAUACGAGUAAACACGAUAUACAAAAACAACAUACACUAGGUCACAGAAACGAAAAACGGGUGCCUGGCAGCUACGCCUCGGUGUCCUCAUCACUCAGCAGCAUGUUGGGGAUCCCGCGGCUAAUGGGGAACAGGCGUCCAGACUCUGGGCACUGCAAAGUGCCCUCCAAGACAUCCACCUGCGGGGAUGAAGGGGAACAGAGCUGAGCACAGGCCGCCUCUGGGCUGCGGGUGUGUGGCUGGGGAAGCGAGCGAGCGAG